GUCCUACUCGCGUUGCAGCAGAGAAAGCAAAUUGAAAUAACAACAUCACACGUACAGCCGUAAUAUUGAUUUAUUUGGUGCUGUGCGCCGUCGCUUUUCAUAGUUGUAGGUACCUGAUCUCAUAUUUUUUUUCACUGGUUUGCACUGUUGCCCAUGUCGUCAGCGGUGCGAGUGUCGCCGCCUGUGCUGGGGGAAUGCGCUGUCGAUGCCGUCCCCACCACCGGUGCCGUCCUUGCCGGUCCGGUGCACCGCACCUUCACGGAUGAUAACGUGCGCGUGCGUGAAGUGGCGGGCGCUGUCUCGCCUUCCGUCUUCGUGGAUGGGUCGCCAAACAGUGCAGGUGGGCCACUGCCCCACACGCGGUCCGGCAAGUAUUUCGCCUCGUCUCACGCCGCUGCUGCCGCGCCGUCCUUGUCUUCGCCUGCAUCGAAGGAGCGCAGCAGCGGCGGCAGCGGCGGCAGCAGUCGUCGGCGUCUGCUGAGGCGAAUUCUCUGCUGCCCCCACCGCAUCCAGCUCUGCCUCCGCUCUGCUGUUCCUCUCAAGGAGAACAGAGGCGCACGAGAGGCGUCUCCGCUGCGCGUCUGCGCUGGCACAGCCACCGCCGUGCUGCUCGCGCUGCUUUUUAUCGGCACCGUCAUCUUCAUUGUGGUGCUCGUGGUGUUGCUGACCGGCGCACGGCAGCUCCCGGAGCGCCAGACGCUAGCACCGAUGCGUUUCGAAACGAGGUCAGCCGGCGCGGCUGGCGUGCGCCACGACAGCGACGGCGUCAUCGCCGCCUCACUGGACAACGUGAGGCACCUGCUCACCGCGGAGCGCCUCCAGCACUUUCUUCAGCGGACCCCCGCAGCGGAGGAGGAGCGGCGCCGUGCGCUGCGCAACGACACGCUGCCCGCUGCGGCGAGGGACGUGGGCGACUUGGUGGGCCUCGCGCGGACGCUGCCGGAGCAGCAGCGGGUGUCGGCGCAGCUGGCGCGGGUGCGCGCGUACGUGGCGGCUGUGCACGCGCACGACGCUGGUGUGGGGCUCGCGGAGCUGAGCGACUUCCUGCGGAGCGUGCCGGGCCGCGGUGCCGCGCUGGAGCGGGCGGCGUCGAAGGCGGCGGGCAGCCCCGGUGUGGCGGCUGCGCUGGCGGGGCGUGCGGCGGGUGCGCGGGUGCGUGCGUUGCUGCGCGGGUUCGUUGCUGCGCCGGCGGGGCAGGCGGAGCGGGUGGGGCUGCGGCCGUUCGACGACGUGGCGAUGCUGCGGUACCGGCAUGCGUGGAUGCUGUCGGAGGUUGUGCCGCGGCUUGCGGGGCGGACCCGCGGUGGCGGCGGUGGUGGGCCGGUGAGCGCGGCGGACGUGGCGCGUGGCGCUGCGCGGAAGGCGGAGCUGUACGAGGCUGCGUCCGUGUUCAACCACGUGUACUACUACCCGCUGCGGCGCUACGCGGCGAUGCAGGCCUUCUCGCCCGCGACGGUGGCGGACACGGACGCGUGGUACACGGAGGUAGCGGCGGGCGUGCAGGCGCGCUUCGGCGCUGCGCAGGCGGUGGCGGCGCUGUCGCUGCCUCUGCUGCCUGCGGCGCGCGCGGCGGAGGUGGCGCACCUGCGGGAGCCUGACGACAUGGAGUGGAUGCCUGCGGGGCUGCGCGCCGAUGCCGCGGUGAACCGGCAGACGAUCUUCAUCAGCCUGGCGAGCUACCGCGACACGGAGUGCGCGCCGACGGUGCUGGAUCUGUUCCGCGCGGCGCGGAACCCCUACCGCGUGUAUGUUGGGCUGGCGCAGCAGAACGUUGCGGGGGACACGCCGUGCCUGCUGCCGGAGAUGUACGGCCCCUUCCUGUGCCCGUCGGCUGGCGAGGCGCUGGACGCUGCUGCUGCUGCGCGGGAGGCGGAGGCGCGGCGCCGCAGCCUGGGCGGGGGUGACGGCGUGGACUUCCGCCUGGUGCACCCCGGCAGCGACGCAGCGCACUUCGACGAGCGGGUGUGCUUCUUGGCGGACCACGUGCGGGUGCGCGACAUCGAUGCGCGGCAGGCGAAGGGCCCCACGUAUGGCCGGUACAUGGCGAUGCUGCUGUACCGCGGUGAGGCGGUGGCGAUGGUGCUCGACUCGCACAACAAGUUCCGCCCCAUGUGGGACACGCUGGGUGCGUCGUUGCUGCGGCGCUACGAUGACCCGAAGGCGGCGCUCUCCCACUACCCUCAGGCGUACGAUCCCGAGAAGGAAAGCAAGUUAGAUGUAUACGCGAGGACCACCGCGUACCUGUGCAAGGCGGUGUUUCACAACAUCUUCGCCUAUCUGCAACUGCGGGCGAUGGUGAUUGGGGAAGCCGACGAAUUUGCGAAUAACAUGCGGUACAACGCACCGUAUGUGGCGACUGUCGAGGAGAAGGCGCCGGUGAGGAGCUACCGCCUGCCGCAGCCGUGGGUCGCAGGGGGAUUUCUCCUCACGAACAGCACGAUCUUCCGCGACGUGCCCUUCGAUCCGCAUCUGCCGUACGUCUUCGAUGGCGAGGAGGUGCUGUACUCUGCGCGGCUGUGGACGCACGGGUACAACAUCUACUCCCCUCCACGUGGGCUGUGCUUCCACAUUUACGGCCGCCCCAAGGCGCCGAAGGUGUGGGAUGUCACGGCGUUGUGGUACGCUGUGCAAGACCGUGUGCGGCCGCGCAUUCAGUUCUUUCUGCAGUCGCACCUGAAAGGACGUCCGGGCCUGAUUGUGCCGGCAGACACGACGAACGCGUACGCGGUGGUGGAUGCGAGUCGGUACGGGAUGGGCCGGCAGCGCACGGUGGCGCAGUGGUAUGACUACGCGGGCGCGGACGCGGUGAACUACACGUUAGAUGGCCGGUGGUGCGGUGUGGACACGACGACGUAG